AUGGCGGGGCGGGUGACAUUGUUGGUGGUGGCCGUGAUGGUGGCGAUGGCGGGAGAGGCAGAGGGCAAGGCGGGAGACUUAGUAAGAAGCUCCGACUUCAGGCGAGAAGGGUGGACCAUGUCCGGAGACAACGGAGGGGGAGGGAUGGAGGUAGAUACGCGGCAAAACCUUGUCCGUGCGAGCGAUGAUGGAGAUAGAAGCUGGUACUUUGAAACGCCGCGGGGAUGGCUGGAGGGAGACAAGGCAAUCAUUUACAAUGGGACCCUGGAGGUCUUCCUGCAAACCAUUUCGUGGACAGGCAGCUACAAGGAGGAUUAUGACGUGGUGCUUGUGGCCAGUCGGAAGAGUCUGUCCUUAGGGUUGAAAGGCAUGAAAAAGGACGGUGAAACAUCAAAGAAUUACAUUGUGCAGCUAAACGAGAAGUCGGGAUGGAUGUUUUACAGGAAAGGUAGAUCAAGUAAGGUCGUGCCCAACGUCACUGCACAAGACUUUAUCUUCUGCCUGAACAACCUGGUGGGAAUACAGAUCCGAGGCGGUUACUACGCUGGCUCAGAACAAGCACAGCUGAGAUCGUUGAAAGUAACGCAGGGGUACAUGGCAGGUGAUGAGAACAGUAAACCAGACAUCAUGUCAUCUCUUUGGCUGGGCUCUCGGACCUGUGAAAGUUCUGAGAGAUUCGAGAUUACGUUCAACAAUCCUGGGCUGCCUUGCCAUAAGUGGGAAGAAAUUACCAGCGGAGUGCUACAAGCCGUGGACUCUUCUUCUCCGUACCAAGUCUUCAAGCUCGAUCCUCUCUCCUCCUCAAAUCGCCAGGAUUAUUACGUCGGCCGAAGUUUGAAUAUCACGGGCGGGCCCGGUCAUGGGCAUUCAGGCACAGUUGUGCACUACGUGGGAAAGUUGGACUGGGAGGUCAGCAGCGGGGUGACGAGCGUAGAGAUCGUCAAUCCUGGUGAAGGCUGCCAGACGCGGGGAUACUUGUCAGCCUACGGUGGUGGUGGGAGCGGAUUCGAGGCUUCCUUUGAUGUAAGUUGUGUCUCUCUGCACUACGUUGUGCGCCGAACUGACCUUGUUGUCGUGAAGGUGUUGUACAGCAUUCCCGAGGUUGAGAUAUUCAAUGGAGGCAUCGGUUGCUCUGGAACGCUACAGAACUUUGGGUUGGAGAUAAGACAGGGUCAGAUAACUAACGUGACGGUCAUGAACUCUGGAGGUACAGCUUACAUCACAGGAAGUGCCAUCGCCGUCUGUGAGCCUCCGUGUACUGGCAGCGGAUUCGCUGGGACUUGCUAUGCAAGCGGUGGCAACGUCUAUCAAGUCGUGAUCCAGCAGGGUGGGAACGCGUACAGCGCAGGGCAUCCGCCAGUCUUGAAGUGUCCGGAGGGCAGGUUGACAGCGGUGGGGUCUGAAGGAGGCUACGGUUUCGAGGCAUUCAUCGGGACUACCUCUGGAGCGAUCACUCACGUGCUCGUCAAAGACGGAGGGUCGGGGUACAGCGGGAGCAUCUCCCUGGUCCCCGAGGUCUACACAACGUGCGUCAGCUUCGACCUGCGGCCGGUGCCGUCCGGCCACAUGAGCUCGGUCUCGGUGAUCAAGAGCGGCAGCGGAUACUCGAGCCUGCCUCGGAUCACCAUCAGUCUGGGUGGCGGAGCUGAGACCGGGGCUGGCUGUCGGAAUUUCGACCUCAGGGCCCACGUGGGGGACCACACUGCUGGGAUCCUGUCGAGGGUGAGCGCGAAGUCGUUGGUGUUGGGUAUGUGGGCAAGCGAAGUGGACGGAUACUACGAAGGCAUGACGAUCGUGAUCACGAGUGGAAACGCCAAGGGGUUGAUAGCGAGCAUCCUGCAGUACACAGCAGCGACGAAGGAGGUGGUCCUUGCCAGCUCGCUGUCAACUCUCCCAGCUAUAGGAGAUACAUACGGGAUCACGCCUACUCCACUGCACGUCAUGAAGAAUGACGCGUUGGGGAUCGACCUUGGCAGGUCUCUCGGAGGACAAGUGGCUUCAGCGCUGUCUUGCAGCUGCCCUGCCAGCUCUCAAACUCACUCCAGCAACUUCAUCUGCUCAAACUCUUCCUCGUGUGCGCGGGGAUUGUGUGUCUGCUCCGUGACUUUGGAUUCAACGGCCCCUGCACAGGAUGAAAUCCUCACAGGGGAGACGAUUUACUUCACAAGCGCCUCCUUUGCGAACUCUGGAAAGUCUGCUCAGAUCGUCGCUUAUGAUGGAGCUAACCGACGUGCAACUCUUGCUGUGUCAGGGUCUGCACAUCAAGACUUCCGCAACCAACUCGGAAAUACCGACGAGAUUGCAGCAGGAGCAUCAUACCUCACUUCCUACACCCACGUGGCCAAAGUAGCAAAUGGCAACUUCAACCUUCUCCAGGCGGGAAAGAGGUUGCAUGCUGGGAGCACUUACUCGAUCAUGAUGGACGAUCAGUCGGCUCGGGUGGAUGCGGCGCUGGCAGGGAGGAACUACUUCUGCGACCAGCUUGUCGGCGACAACCCCCCUGCUCCAUGGAUCCGGCUGCCGUUCGAGAAGACAUUCUCGUUCCGCUCGGUACCGCACAUAUCCAGCGUCGCCACGUUGACGAUAGCAGCGGAGGGACGGGGCUUUGACGACCUACUGUGGAAGGGGAACAACCUGACUCUGAUGGGACCCAACGUGACCUGCCGUCUCCUCCUGAACGAGUUCUUGGGGACUGUGUUUGAGGACGGGGAGUUCGAGAAGAAUGCGCAGAGGGGAGGGCCGAUCUCGGACAGCAUCACCAUCUCCCAGGAGAAGAUGCUGGAGAUGACGGCAGACCGCGAGUUCAACUUCAAGCUCAAAAGCCAGCCGGGGAGGGAUGGGGAGAUCCGCUUCCGCUACAUGAAGCUUUCCUUCGCCCCCUCCACAUUCUUCUCCUCCAAGUUCGCUACCGACGAGUUCUUCUACAGUGAGGCAGACACCACCGUCGCCCAGUAUAAGGAGCUCAACGUAACGUUCCAGCUGCCUCAGAAGGCCCAGCAGGCGCCCACGAGCGACGGGGUCUUGUCCCUCAUCGUAGAUGGCUACCUGGAGGAAGGCUUCCUAACCCUCUCCUACAACAAUACGGUGAAGAAGCUCUUCGACGGGUGGGUGUGGGGGCAGGGGGUGAGGAGGUACGCCCUUUCGGAGCCUGCAGACAUCGGUGUCCAGUGCGACAACUCCAACUUCUGCAGCCCCAACUCCUUCGUGGACGUCAGGCAGACCCGCUCGCCCCGCCACACAACAGCAGUGCGCAUCGACCGACAGGACCUGCUGAGCAUGUCCAGCGACCGCCAGGCGAAUUUCAUCUUCCGCGUGCUCAACACUCCUCGGGCGAAGCUCAGCCCGGUCAUGCUCUCCUACUCUCUUCUCAGCUGCUACCUGCGCACCCUCACGGCCAGGGACGGUCAGAUCUUCGGGGCCCGUCUCAGUCGCCCCUCCCAGUCUCUCAUCGAGUUCCCAGGAGCCUUCCCAGCUGCGGCAGCAGACGGCUUCCUGUGGCUCCAUGCAGAGAUCCAGUACCAUGUGCAGCACGUGCGGGAUACGCAGGGGCUGCCGGAUCAAGCUCCGAGGGUCCUCAGAACCUCGACGGGAGCGUUCUACGAGGAAGCGCUCAACGACGUGAGGGACCCCCGAGGAGACUUGCCGGCAGAGGCCCACAACCUUCCCUUCCUCUCCGCCAUCAGCGUGCAUGCCGGGGACAUGGGGGAGAAGAUUGGCCUCCUCUUCAACGAUGACUACGCCCAGUACGACUCCAGCAAGGGCUUCGUGGACAACGUGCGGGUCCCCAAGAGGAUCCUGGACCAGCUAAUGCAGUCAAAGUCGCUCUCCUUCACCCUGGUGGUUCCGCCAGGCAUAGGAGGCGUGCGAGUAUUCACGGCAGUGAUUGCGUAUGCGAUAUGA